CACAGGAUUAACUACUUCUGCAGUAUUAACUACUGCUCUUUCUUCAAUUCUCCAUGGCUGCUUCUCUCUCUUGCUUUCUCUUCAGUUUCUAUCUGCUCUUCUCCUCUUUCUUUCCUCCGCCAUCAUGUGGCGCCCCAGCAGUUACCACAACAGCAAUGCCGUGUUCCAGAGCGGAAGUUCUCCUGCAAGAGGCGAGAGCUCCAGAGUUCUUCGAUUGGCUGAAGGGGAUACGGAGGAGAAUCCACCAGCAUCCGGAGCUCGCCUUCAAGGAGUACAAAACUAGCGAACUGAUCAGAUCGGAACUGGAUGCCCUCGAAGUUGAGUACACUUGGCCGAUUGCCAAGACAGGGGUCAUCGCAUCGAUCGGGUCAGGCGAGGGACCCCGGUUUGCUCUUAGGGCGGACAUGGACGCUCUUGCUAUGCAGAGCGGGAAGUUUGAAGAAGACAACUGAGAAAUCAAUUCUAAGAAGCAGAUCAAGGUGAGAGGUAA